AUAAUUCAUUCGGAGUCGAGCCUAACGCCAUCUCUACCGCGAGGCGUCGACUUGAUACUUCGGUACAUGCGAGAAACACCGUGAUCGAUAUGCUUUGACUCGAGAGUCCCCAUCCACCACAUCUCGAUGCACGAGUACAUCAGGGUCGUUGGUGUCAAAUCUCAGGGUUCAUGCUCGUGUCUGUCGCGCUGUCAUGUAUGAUGUUCGGGAAGGAGUUUGUAUCGUGUUUGGUGGGUCUGUCUUCCUUGAGGCUUUGCAUGCUUCUCCUUGCUCGUCAAGACAGAGUUUACACAAGUACUGGUAUCAUUGCUCGUGUGUAGGUUUGUCCUUUGACUCGAAUCCUUUACAUAUGGCCGUUGUUAUUACAUACUACCAGAAGCAUCCGUCGACGACACGGCUCUCACAGUACUAUGACUCUCGCUUGUGCACUGAAGAGCCGGUUUCAUCUCAUGCCCCACCCGCUAUCUCACUCUAUUAGACUUCCCUUGUUCUCGAGUCCCCAAAUAACUGU